AUGCUACAAAUUGGUGGCAACGAAAAUUUAUUUAGAAGUGCAUCUUGCGACGAACAAGGAGAAACACUUGAAAAUAUGCAAAAAUUGUUAUUAAAUUUCAUAGGAAAAGUAUUUUGCGGACCAAAAUGGAAGCAAUGGAUUAGAACUGCUGAUUGCUCCACAAUUAUUUCAUUAUUACACCAUCUUGGAUUUGAUCCUGAUAACGAAAAUUUUGAUGUUGAGAAAUCUUCACGCGACUGUCUUAUUGCCAUCGGAUUUUUGAUUUGGAAAACAGAUCUAUUUGGCAAACUCUAUGCUCCUCUUUUACCACCAAAAGAUUCCUAUACUCCUCCAUAUGGAACUAUUACUGAUGAGAUUUCAAUUCCUGAAGCUGAACAAAAAGAAAUGCCAGAUCAAAUUGAUGACCUUAUUAAAAAAUUAAAUAGACAAAUCAGUAGAAUCACACGUAAAUUACAAAUUUUGUCCGAUAUUGAAUAUGAUUGCGACUUUUACAGAUCAUUAGUAAUGGAAUUAGAUAAAGAAUCCACUGUUUAUGAGCUGAGCUUAAAAUCCAAUCCAGAGCUUCUUGAAAAGCAUCUUAAUUCAUUGAAGACAGCUAACCAAUACUCAGAGGAAGUCGAAAAAAUUGCAAUAAAUGAAGCUACAUUUUAUAAAUUUCUUUCGAAAGUAAUUUCAACUAAAGCAGCAGAACUGGCAAAAGAAAAUCCUGAUAUCAUGCAAAUGGACUUCUUCCCAGAUAUGACUACAUCUCCAGCUAGACGUGUCAAUAGCCAAGCCAAAUCUAUCGAAGAAAAAUUCAAAAAUAUUGAUAAUAUUAUGGGAUUGCUUGAUAAGAAGUACUCAAACACACUAAUAUCCUUACAAGAAAAUGACAAGAAAGAGAUUACUAUUGAUGUUGAUGAACUCUCAAGGAAAUUACAAAAUUUAGAGAAAAUGAAAAGAACAAAGAAACUAGAAAAGAGGUCAAACAUCAUCCCUGACUUCAAUUUUACAUCAUUCUCCGAACAGAAGCUUCAUGACAUUGUUAGACAAUACGAUUCUGAUUGCGCUAAACUAGAGUUCAAUAGUAUAGCUGAUAUUAAUUCAAAGAUUGAAUCCACAUGCCAAAAAUUUGACUUGAAAUAUGUUGGAUUGCAUUUGCAAGAUGAAAAUCUAUCGUUUUUAUAA